GGUGAGCAGUGACAGCUCAGGAAGGUAACGUAGACACACCACCGUGACGCAGCGGCAGCAACACUGGCUCUGAGCGGGGACAACAUGAGAGCGCUGCAGCAGCAGACACGACAGUAAAGACGGAGGGACGAGAGCGGCGCCCUGUGAUAGUCAUUGUAUGAGGAGCAUCUGUGCGAGUGUGACAGGCCGGCCUAUAGUAUAGAUGACGUUUACGUUGCUGGCUCAUUAUCUCGGGGGUUGCUCUGCUGGAGUCUGGACACCAUGAGCGGGCAGCGGGUGGAUGCCAAGGUAGUAAUGCUGGGGAAGGAGUCAGUGGGGAAGACCAGCCUGGUGGAGAGAUAUGUGCAUCACCGCUUCUUACAGGGACCCUACCAGAAUACUAUUGGUGCAGCAUUUGUUGCCAAAUCGAUGAAUGUGGGAGGACGCAAUUUGAUGCUGGGAAUCUGGGAUACUGCAGGCUCCGAGCGUUAUGAAGCCAUGAGUCGCAUUUAUUACCGGGGGGCCAGAGCUGCCAUUGUCUGCUAUGAUAUCACAGACAGCAGCAGUUUUGAAAGAGUGAAGUUCUGGGUGAAUGAACUGCAAAACUGUGAAGAGCACUGCAGGAUUUACAUUUGUGGUACAAAGAGUGACCUUAUUGAACAGGACAGGAACAUGAGACAGGUUGAUUUCCAUGAUGUACAAGAUUAUGCAGACGAGAUUAAAGCUCAUCUGUGUGAGACAUCUAGUAAAACAGGACAAAGUGUGGAUGAGCUUUUCCAGAAGGUUGCAGAAGACUAUGUAAACUACAGUGACCUUCAAGUUCAAACAGAGCCAAAAGGAGUGGAUUUAAAUGAUCGGAAAGACCUCACUUCAUAUGUCUGCUGCCAUCACUGAAAAGACAUCUGUCCAUGAUGCUGCCAACAACUACAUCCUCUUUGACUGUCUUUGUGCUACAAUUUUAUUUUAUUGUAUUUUAAAGCAUCUAACACAGUGACGUUUGGCCAGUGGUUGCAAAAUAGAACUUCAGUACCUCUUUUGGGAAUUUACCAACGUCUGCAAUGCGCAACAAUCUAUUUAUGCACGUUCUGUAAAUGGCAUAAAAAGACAAGUGAGAUUGAACUUAAAGGAAAUCUAUGUGAAGAAGAAAAAAAAAAACCACAUGAACUAUUUGAAGUUCUGGAUUUGUUUCCCUGGCAACAUUUACAAAUAAAAAUUUGUAGUGUUCAGAUGA